AGCAUCCAGCGAAAGAGGAAGAACAGCGACAGACUCAAGGUGUAGUUGGAUGAAUUUUUCGUGCCGUCAAAUUGGGUAGUGCAAGAACUGCCUCAUGACAUUAGGCACUUCACCUCUACUUCAAAAUGAAUUUGACUUCUUCGAUAUCUUGGAUGCAUCGGCUUGCUCUUUGAUUCUAUAGCAAGCCCAUUUUUCAGACAGAACCAGAAUUACUGAUGAGAAAAGUCAACAAGAAGUCACCUCUUCUUUGACAGACCGUAUUGCUAUUGGUAUUUGCAUCUAGAAGUGAACCCUCUCCCUUACCCAUAUCAUUGGGCACUCGGAAUUUUUCUACUUUUUUUACUUUAUCAACCGAAAAGGUACAAGCACGACGCGGCCCUGUAUCGAACUUCACCUACCGCGUGAUACUUUCCCCUCGCCAAGCAGAGAUCUUUCUUUUCUCUGAACUGCGACCGAAAUCCAAAAUCUUCAGCUCGGAGAGUGUUUCGAAGAAUGACUUUCGAAAUGAUGGUAGCAGGAGGAAUCGCGGCCAUCGCAAAUACUCUCUCGAAUCCGAAUACUGCUCAAGAGGUGUUGGGAGUGGCCGACUGCUCCUUUCUUCAGCGACUUGCGCUCGAGCCAUUGGACUCGAAGCACCAAAGGAGCAGCACAGCAAAAGGUGGAACCGAGACGAGGACACCGAGAGAGAUUGUAGCUGCGGCAGCUGCAACAUCAUCAAUUCCAAAAAGAGAGCCCGAGUCCAGAACACCUGCCGCCUCGUCAUCGACGGCGUCUGAAAAUGACGUGCACCUCUCGGGGAAACAUGCGCCUUUUGAUCUGUUUUUUUACGAGCCGCAGUUUGUCUACGCGACUCCACCCAGAGUGCACGAGCAUAGGUGGUCGGCGUUGAUCCGAGCGUUUUCUGGUGGUGAUUCCACGCAUGAAAGUGGCGCCAACCUGCAGGAGCAGCGCCACGGGCAAGAGUUAGAUCGAGCUUUGCCCGCCUUGUGCAGUGCGAAACUAUUCGACUCGAGAGAACCCCGGACCAGAAAGCUAUCUUUUUCGGCCUCGCGGGACGAGCCUCGCAGCGUCGAAAUCGAAUUACGGGGCCUCGCCGAACCGCCAACCGGAAAAGUUUUCUUCUAUGCCGAAAAUCAUGCUGCAGUGCCCGUGGCGCCUUCGCCUACGGGGGACCCACCCAACGCUGCGACGAUGAGGCCCUCACCCGAGUUGACACUACGAGCCUUUUAUCGUGAUUUCAUAAGCUUUUAUGUCGGGCGGGCGCAAGAACUAGAACAAGAAGAAAUGGCCCCAGAGGUAUCCAGAGAAGGGCAUAUUACCGAUACAACACACGCAAAUAGCGCCCAGAAGCUGCCAUCAACCAGUACCUCCUCAAGGGACGACGUUGAAGAUGCACCCGCCAGUAGUUUCAUGCUGGAGGAUAUGUUUCACAAUCUCGAAAUUGAUCCACAGCUACCCAACCCUCGGCGGAAUGUCGAAGUUCUGCGACGCAGCUUUAUGCAAUUGGUGCCUUGUUCCGUCAAGAACGCCACAUCGUUUCCUGGUCUGGUGUUCUCUAUUCCAGAAACAUCGAGGCUGGCAUUCCUAAAUGCACAGCUCCAGAGACUAGUGCGGCCGUCAUCAGCUGCAUCAAGCACAGCUGCAGGUGGAACCCCAGCACCACAGCCACAAGCAGAAAGCAAUGGCGUGUCUACUGAACAACAAGCAGCGACAGAAGUGCCAGCAGCGGCGGAUGAUGUAAGUCUAAAUCAUAACAGAACCUCCAGCUCCACCUCCCCCUCCGCCAGUACAAGUACAGCCGGAGCGGCCGACGAAGUAUUUGGGGAUUCGACUGUGUCAGGGACAUCGGGUGGGAGCCGCACAGACACGACGAUCGCAGCAUUGGAGGCGGGGGACGGAAGUGGAGGUGCAAGAAGGCACACUGCCGGUGACGAGCAGGAUGCCCCCGCUCCACUUUAUUGUGCAGGAGGAGUUACUGGUGGAUGUGCUGUUGAUCGUGAUCCUCAGCAUGCAUCUGGACUAUCUAGUCUCCAGCCCCAGGGUGAGAUCGAAGACGCGGUGACGCUCCGCCGGGUUGCGUCUUCGCCAGGCGCAGGCCAGAACCAGAAUGAGGGUCUUCACGACCCUGCAGAGCUAUCAAAUAGUGCGAACGGUGCAGAAGUGUCUUCUCAUGCUAGUUCCACCCCAGCAUCGACGGUAUUGGAGCCUGGUGGUGCACCAGAGCACAGCGGGAACGGUCAUGUAUCUCAAAGCGAAGUACCUGCAGAGAACACGACAGCUGCCCAAAUUGCAACGAUUGCCCCUGAAGAGGUACAGUCAGGCGAGAGGCGGGCACCUGUGUUAGAGUCUCAAGAAGAUCAGCAACAUACUGAAGAGCGGGUUUCGAGCAACAGCGACAACGUGGGUCGUGUUGAAGGGCUAGCAGUUGCAAGAACAACUGGCAAUCAAAUUAUAUCUCGCACCGAUUUCAUUUCAGCAGAAGAGCGGCGUGACGCUCCAGAGGACUACGCAGGAACGAGCGACUCCGUCGCACCGACCUCGACGUCAACCCAUCUCGUGGGAAAUACCGAGGGUGCUAUCACCGCAAUUUCUCCCCCGGCGGUUCCGAUGCCUGAAAAUGCGAGCACUGCAACUCCUCCGUCACCGACCGUGGUUGACACAGAGCCAACAUCAACUGGAGUUGAUGCUUUUGCGACUUCUACAGCCAUCCCUCCACCUCCACUCGCAGCUACAAGUGGUCCUACUAGUACCACUCUCGUCACUGCUGAGCCUGUCGCUGCCGUUGAUGAUGCAGUGCAAGACCCUGCCGCAACAACAGCGAGUCCGAGUGUCGCGACUCAUUCGACGUCGACGCCGACAAUUUCCGCCGGAGCGGGUCGACCCCCGAAUCAAGUACCGAGCGUUGUUGCCCCACGACCGUCACCAUCGCCAGGCUCUCCGCCCCCUCCCGCCCCCGGUAUCAUUCCCCUUCAACCCGCACUGAUGAAACCUUCCCCGCACCAUGCCAACAGUCCCGCACGGCCUGGUGUAAGACCUCCUGCAGUGGUUCCGAUGCACAAUCACAAUCCUCAUCUUCCUCCUGGCGCCGUGGAACCGGGUUCGCCCCCUGCAGUUCCGGCCGGGCGGGAAGUACCCCGCCAGCCUCCUGCUUUACAGGACCCUCAGACUGUGGUAGUACAACCUCAACCGGCCUCCACUCCUGCGGGCACGCCUCGCAGGCGUGGACAAGAGGACCUCCGGGCGGAGCAGAAAAAGCUCGAAGCGGCGUUCUGGACGACGAUAAGCUUUAUCGGGGGGCUCAGCGUCGCGGCUGGCAUUGUCGUGACGCUGCUGCUGCAACAGCUUUUUCUUGGCAAGAGUGUGGCGCUUUCCUCAGUUUCGUCCACGACUGCAGCAGCUUCAAAGACUUUAAAUAUGAUUGAAGGUCACGACGAUCAUUCCUCAGAGGUUGGCGGGAAGCAAUCAGCACGCGUUCAAGUUGCACAGCAGAAAAUGGUGAGCUCGACUUGUGGCGGCCCAGGCAAGAAGGGGAACGCCGUUGUGGCUGGCAAAAGUGACGAUCGUACUCUGAAUGAUCCGAAGAGAAAAGAAAAGAAAACUCUGAAGGUCGAAGCAGGCGUCCGCACAGGUCGUUUUCGUAGCAAAAGCACGGGCCUCCGCGCGAAGAAUGGGCAUGGUCGCCAUUUAGUUGCAGGACGUCGAGCGGGCGACGGAGCUCAGGAAAAGAAGUGGCCUAGAAGCGAUAGAGACAAUUAUCAGUCACCUUCUGUCAACGACGACGACCUUGAUGUGAAGAUGCGAAGGCAGCAAGCGUCUCCAGUAGCAGCUGCCGCUGCGGACAAUUGUUCAGCUUGGAUGUCAACGGCGCGGACGCCUCAUCUUGGCACGACUAAGAAUAUGGAAGCUAUCGUCGAUACUGGGAACAAUACGGAGGACCAGCCACCUGCUGCCAAUCCUGAACCUGGGUCGUCGUGUCUCGAAAGUUGUAAAGCAGCAGCAGAAAGGGUUAAUCCGAAUCCCAAAAGCCAAGAUGACAACGUCCCUGCUGGGACGACGUCCACAAAAGCAAUGCCCCACGAUGUGCCGGGUGGGAAAAACUCGGCCGAGACUGAUGGUGCCUCUGUGGUUUGUUCUUCAAAACGAGAUCACAUUGCGAAUGUCAAGGCAAAGUCUGGGUCGUCUCGGCCCCUCCUAACCGAAACCUAUGAGCUCACCCCAAAGUUUCCGAUCUUUUUGCCCCACAUGAGCAAGCAACAUGGCGUUCCUGCGAAUGUGAAGAACAUUAACGGUCAAAUGAUUUUUCUUGGGAAAAACCAAAAUGCUGAUGCUGCAGUUGUUGCUUCGCCUCCACUCAUUGCGGCGACGCCGGAUGGGGCUCUGGAAUAUCUCGGCCAAAAAUAUAAUUUGCUUGAGCAUGAGCACGUCGACAACUUGAACCAGGGAGAGCACGUUGAAAAUUUGCACCCGCAAGAGGGCGAGGCGACGAAUAAUGCCGAGCAAUGGUAUGCUGACGAUGCAGAUGAAACUGAAACGCUCUACCAGCCCCCGCCCGCCACAGCUCCUCACUGGAGCCAAGAAGAUGCUUGCGCGCGAGGAGACGUGAAACAGGCCUCUCACAAGCGCUCAGACGUAAAAAUGGUAGAAGUUCCCGGCACGCACUACACGCAAACGCACAACGUCGACAGCCACUACCUGAGCGAGCUAUCUCCGGAAAACCUGGAACAAAUGCAAGCGAUGAAAGGAUUUCAGUCACACUAGUGACAAACUCUUUGAAGUUUUGAUUACAGACACGCACGUUGCCCUCCUGGUCCUCGAUAUUAUGACAUGGCCAGCACAUCGAUCACCCCCUUGGUUGUCACAAGUUUAUUUAUCGAGGAAAGCACGCAGCGUGAGCCCCCGUACCUGUUUGAAGAUGUACUUACACGUAGUAUGGCGAUCUGUUUCAGUUUUGUAACAACUCUAUCCAGCGCGGCCCGUCACACAUACACUAUUUUGUCUGCUACUCGCUGCGGCGGGCUGAGCAUGGUGCUGUUAGUCUAUUAAUGCUUAACAGUUUCUUCAUCUUCGGUGAUACAACAACAUCAACUGACCCGGUUUUGGCGUAAUUUGUUUUUUGUUUUUCGAUGGCGAUGAUGGAUUAGGAGCCUGAUCCGUGCAUUCGCGACUACUUCAUCACCCACGUAGUUGACGACAACGAGGAAAUAAGUGUUUAGUAUUUGAGUUGGAAUAAAUUAUUUAUUUUCCACAUCAAAAUCGAACGGAACCGAAACUCACACUGUGCCACGGCACAUUUACCGUCGUGCGCGCUCAGCACCAGCGAGCGCAUUCUGUUGUCGUUGCGUUGUUCGCCGCCAACUUUUCGAAGAAAAUGUUGGCGACGUCAUAGAAGUAUUUUUGGCAAUGCCGCUGCAGCACCGCUCAAAUGAAGUUGUUCAAGAUGAGGCUUUAUCAACA